AUGCCGACUCUAGACGUGAGCGAGUUGAAUAUAGUUGUUUCUGUUCUCGGUGCUUUUACUGUAAUCUACGGCCUGGUAGCCGUUAAGUUAAAGGGGGUGUGGUACCUCGGGGAGGCAUUGCCGGCGGUUCUUACUGGUAUGAUCCUAGGACCUAUCGCGGCAAGGUUCUUGGACGCCAAACGAUGGGGAUCGGCUACCCCAGGCCAACAAGAUGCGAUAACCCUCGGUAUUAUGAGAGUGAUGAUUGGUAUUCAACUGGUUAUUGCAGGAUACCAACUCCCAGCGAGAUAUCUCCAACUCCACCGUAAAGCGAUAAUCGUCUGCCUUGUCCCUAUCAUGGCAUUAAUGUGGUUGGCAACCUCUAUUUGCGUGCUUGCGACGAUCCCGAAGAUAUCCUUGCUCGCCGCUCUUGUUAUGGGCGCGUGCGUUACCUCUACGGACCCGAUUCUCUCCCAAGCCGUCGCCAAGGGCCCAUUUGCCGACAAGUAUGUCGCGCGACCUCUCCGAGAGAUCAUCUCAGCCGAGGCUGGUGCUAACGAUGGUUUUGCCUCGCCAUUUCUAAUGCUUGCUGUCAACCUCCUACGCCUUACGGAGAACCGAGAGGAAAAGCUCGUCGAGCGCGGCCGAGGCGUGGGCGAAGAUACGCGCGAUGUGGGCAUCGCGCUAGGCAACUGGGUCAUCGAAACUCUUAUCUAUAUUGUGUUGUUGGCUAUUGUAUACGGGGCUGUUACGGGGUACUGUGCUAGAAUGGGGAUUAGAUUCUCACUCUAUCGGAGAUGGAUCGAUUCGGAAAGCUACCUGCUUUUCCCGACGGCCUUGGGACUGUUUAUUGUUGGAACCUGCGGAGCAAUUGGUACUAGUGACCUUCUUGCAUGCUUCGUUGCAGGCUGCGCGUUAAAUUGGGACGGGCAGUUCCUCGCAGAGACAGAACGCCGCCACGACGAAGUCAAUUCGUGCAUCGAUGUUAUGUUGAAUUUCGGCGGCUUCAUGUAUCUUGGCAUUGCGAUGCCUUGGGGGGAAUUCCAUCAGCCCGCUACUACUGGCAUUACCUAUCCUCGUCUUUUUGGUCUUGGCGUCCUGGUUCUCUUAUUUAGACGGAUACCUGCCUUGCUUCUUACAUAUAAGACCAUGCCGGCGGUCAUAAAGAACUGGCGAGAAGCACUAUUCAUGGGGUAUUUUGGCCCAAUAGGUGUUGGAGCUGUGUACUAUCUCCAACAUACCCGGUUGUUAUUCCCGAAGGAAAAGGCAGCCAGUCCGCGGGAGCGAGAACUCCUCGAUGCAAUAUGUCCAGUGGUAUACUUCCUCGUCUUCUUCUCGAUCGUAGUACACGGUCUAUCCAUACCAAUUCUCAGCGUCAUUUAUAAAUACUUCAACGUCCGGCCAAUCACCGAAGAUGCCGUUGAGAUUAGGCGGAGAAGCAUCUACAUGGCGACCCCCGUAAACGCCUUAGCAGGCGACCAUGAUACGUUCAUCGUCUACAACCGAUUCUUCCGUCCUCUUGUAAACAUGGCGACACUUCCAAUUUCGCGCUCUCGUAAUCGUAGCGACACCGAUAGCGUCUCGACCGAGGCCGAAGAGGAAAAAAAGCGCUCUCAAGCGAUUAACCUAAGUAGGAUGAUAACGACAUAG